AUGACGACUACCAUCACUCAAUCCGAGAUGGUCAUCAGGACGCAGCCUGAGAAAACACAGUACCCGGCGCCGCUGAAGCUCUCUGGGGCCCUUGAUCAGUUCAAGCAUGUGGAAGUAACGCCUGUAAUUGGACGUGAAUAUCCCAAUGUUAACGUGGUUGACGAUAUCCUCAACGCCAAGAACUCUGAUGAACUUCUUCGCGACCUCGCCAUCACGAUAUCCCAAAGAGGCGUGGUCUUCUUUCGCGCUCAGGACAACCUGACCGACGAUCUCCAGAAGACGCUGGUUCAUCGACUUGGUCAGCUCUCUGGCAAACCCGCAGACUCGACCCUCCAUAUCCAUCCCCUCCUCAAUAGUACUCACGAAUUUGGUGUCGAGGAUAACGAGAUAAGCACCAUCUCAUCGGCAGGUUUUAAGUUGUUCCCCCGCCAAGUCCAGAAAAAGGACCGCGAUGACAGGAAAGGGGGCGCCGCAUCGUGGCACAGCGAUAUCCAAUUCGAGGAAUAUCCGGCCGACUACACAAGCCUGCGGCUGGUCGAGCUUCCGGCUUCUGGUGGCGACACUCUUUGGGCGUCGGGAUAUGAGCUCUACGACCGGUUCAGCGACCCAUACAGGAGAUUCCUCGAGGGUCUGACCGCCACAUACACAGGAGAAGGAUUUCACAAGGCUGCCCAAGCCGAUCCCGAGAGGUUCCAAAUCUACGAGAAGCCGCGAGGCAACCCGGCCAACAUCGGCGGCGGGCUCACAGCCGUUCAUCCCGUGGUGCGAACCAACCCUGUUACCGGGUGGAAGUCGCUCUAUGCCAUUGGCAACUUCCCUCAGCGCAUCAACGAGCUGAGUGCGCGUGAGGGUAGGGACCUCUUGGAUCUUUUCAAGAGGCGGAUCGAGGAGAAUCACGACUUGCAAGUUAGAUUCAAGUGGACAAACAAGAACGACCUCGCGAUCUGGGACAAUCGCAGUGUCUUCCACAGCGCUACAAAUGAUUUCGAGCACCUGGGCGAGCGCCUAGGUCAUCGCACUGUUGGAAUCGGCGAGAAGCCAUAUUACGAUCCCCAAAGCGUGUCUAGGAGCGAGGCGCUCGGUUUAUAA